AUGUCGACCAAAGGGGAGUAUGACUGCAUAGUGAUCGGGGCCGGAGUCCAGGGCUCCUUCACGGCCUAUCAGCUGGCUAAAAAGAACAAGAAGACUCUUCUGCUGGAGCAGUUCGUCCUGCCCCACACCCGAGGGAGCUCCCAUGGUCAGACCCGUAUAAUCCGCAAGGCCUACGAUCAGGACUUCUACACCAACAUGAUGCACGAGAGCUACGAGCUGUGGGCCCAGCUGGAGAGGGAAGCGGGUGUCAAACUGUACAGACAAACAGGAUUGCUGGUGAUGGGACCAGAGAACAAUGAGGUUUACCAGCAGUAUAAGAACACCCUGCAGAGGAACAAGGUUCCUAUGAUGAUCCUGAACCGUGACAACUUCAGCCAGCACAUCCCCCAUGUCCACCUGGCUGAGGGAGAUGGAGCGGUGGUGGACAUACCUGCUGGAGUUCUGUUUGCUGACCGUGCACUCAAGGCUGCACAGGGGCAGUUUCAGAAGUUGGGUGGGGUCAUAAGAGACCAAGAGAAGGUAACAGACAUCCAGCCUGGCCCUGUGGUGACGGUGUCUACCUCUGCUGGUGUUUAUCGAGCCAAGAGUGUGGUGAUCACGGCUGGACCCUGGGCUAACAGACUGCUGGCCCACACUGGCUUUCAGUUGCCACUAGAGGUGGUGAAAAUCAACGUGUGCUACUGGAAAGAGAAGGUUCCCGGAUCACACGACGUGAAGCAGCGCUUUCCAUGCUUCUUGGUGACUGAGUGCGAGGAGACCAAAGAACACAUCUAUGGCCUCCCAUCCAACGAGUACCCAGGCCUGGUGAAGAUAUGCUACCAUGACGGCGGUGAGACAGACCCAGACCAGAGAGACAAGCAGACAGACAGGUCUGAUAUUGACAUCCUCCAGCGCUACAUCGCCCGUUGUUUUCCUGGCCUGGUCCCUGAACCUGCUGUGGUGGAGAGCUGCCUGUAUACGAUGACGCCUGACCGUCAUUUUGUGCUGGACUGCCACCCCGCCUACAGCAACAUUGUGGUUGGAGCAGGAUUCUCAGGUCACGGCUUCAAGUUUGGACCAAUCAUUGGCAAGCUGCUGUGUGAACUCAGCCUGGGAGAAGUGCCCUCCUAUGACCUUUCCCCUUUCCGAAUCGGACGCUUCCAGGCAAAGACCAAAUCAGCUUUAUAGAGCUGGGACUGGAAACACAGCGCAUCAACAGACCAUCUAGAAGUCUUAUAUAAUUGUAAUUGUAGAAUGAUUUGAGAUUGCCAUGGUAAUUUAGCCCUACAUUGUUCAACGCAAUUACACAAUGACCGUAUGUUUCGUCUACUGCUUUAUUUGAUGUAGUCUAUGUGUGUUAAUUUCACAUGGUGUAAUCAACUGUGUAGCACUUAUGCAUCAUGACAUUUUGUGAUUAAUUCUUGUGAAAUGUAAUUAUUCAUUAAUAUGUAAUUUAGCUUUGGCAAUAAUGUAACCUGAACAUUCAUGCCAAUAAAGCUUAUUUGAAUUGGAAA